UCUCCUCUUCAAAACUCACUACCAUGACCACCCAAUCCUUGUUCCUCUCCACUCCAUUCUCAAACCUCAAAAAGAGCCUCUCACCUCAAAGGAACUAUUUUUCCCCACGCAGAGCCUUCUUUACUGUGUUUUGUUCCAAACCCAUUUCAAAAAAUCGUCCAUCGCCGCUCAGAACCAAUGGCUAUUAUGGUACUUCUCAUGUCAGUGUCCCUAGGCCAGCUCAUUUGGAAAACCCUGAUGAGAAUAGGUUGGGGUUGCAAUUCAGUAUGUUGCAAAAGAAGUUGGAAGCUGUUGGAAUUGAAACAGGAUUAUGUGUACCUGGGCAACAUAACAACUUGCUUUGUCCAGCGUGUCAAGGUGGUGAAACAGGAGAAAAGAGCUUUUCUCUUUACAUUGCACCAGACGGGGGGUCUGCAUCAUGGUUGUGCUUUCGCGGAAAGUGUGGGUAUAAAGGCAGCCAACAGGCCUUUGCUGGUAGUAGUUCAUAUUCUGCAACACUGAGUCAAGAAACCCACGUUAAAAUAAGAAGACAGAUUUCAGAGGAGGAAUUGCAGCUAGAACCACUUUGUAAUGAGCUUCUUGCAUAUUUUGCUGAGCGCUUGAUUUCAAAGGAGACUCUGCAGAGAAAUGCUGUGAAGCAGAGAAAAUAUGACGAUCAGAUUGUUAUUGCAUUCCCAUAUAAUCGUGAUGGAACCCCUGUUGGUUGCAAGUAUCGGGAUGUCCACAAGAACUUUUGGCAGGAAGCGAACACUGAAAAGAUCUUUUAUGGAUUGGAUGACAUAAAGGGGCAAAGUGAUAUUAUCAUUGUUGAAGGUGAAAUGGACAAGCUGGCAAUGGAAGAAGCUGGCUUCCGCAAUUGUGUGAGUGUUCCUGAUGGUGCACCUCCAUCAGUCUCCUCGAAGGAGUUGCCGGCUAAGGAGAAGGAUACAAAGUAUCAGUAUCUGUGGAACUGCAAAGAUCAACUACAUCAGGCAUCCCGGAUUAUACUUGCCACUGAUGGGGAUGCACCUGGCCAAGCUUUGGCUGAGGAGCUUGCUCGCCGCCUUGGGAAAGAAAAGCCGAUUUUACUACUAACCUUGAUCUAUUUGAGAAAACCUCUAGCA